CCAAAUUCCAAUACUCUUCUCUUAAAAAAAAAAAAAAAAAAAAAAAGGAAAAAGAAAAAAAACCAAAAUCCAGAUCUUUCAACUUCAACAACAAUGGCGGCUCGCCGGAGAAAUCUCCAACUCACUUCCCUCUCCGUCGAUCUCAACAUUUGCAGACCUAAGCUCUCUCACCUCUUCCACCACCUCAAACCGAAGCCCUCUGUCAAAUCCCCCAACCACCACCACUUCUCCACCGACUCCGAUUCGCCUCCCUUCUCCGACUCCGAAUCCGAAACCAGAACCUCCAUCACGUUCCGAGGCUUCGGCCGGAGCGGCGGCGAGAGCGUGGCGGUGGAGAAGGAUUCGGACGAUCCGUACCUUGAUUUCCGGCAUUCGAUGGUUCAAAUGAUUCUGGAGAACGAGAUUUACUCGAAGGAAGAUUUGCGAGGGCUUCUUCGAUGUUUCUUGCAGUUGAAUUCUCCUUGUCACCAUGGAAUUAUUGUUAGGGUUUUUUCUGAGAUUUGGGACUCUGUUUUCCGCUUUUGAUGAUCAAUUCUAGCCGUCCGAUUAACAGCUCCUCUUCCCUCUCUUCAUCUUUGGUUGAAAAGAGUUUUAUAUUUAUUCUUUUUUUUCUUCCAACUGUAUAAAUCUCUACCACUUUUCUGUUUUUAUUUUAUUUCAACUCAUGAACUCAAGUGGUUCUCUCCCACUUUAACAUCCCCAUUUUUCUUUCA